GCACGUGUGUGUGCGCCUGCGCGUGAAGCGCGUCGCCCAGUCGCACCUGAGAGCCGAGGGGGCGGGAGCUCGGCCUCAGGUGCUGGCUUUUGCCUUACCUCCCACCCACGUCUCCUCGGGCCCGAGGCUCAAGUGGGUACACCUUCCAGGAAGCACCAUGAAAGAUACUGACAUCAAGAAACUAUUUUAUGCUCACCAUUUCUGUGUAUUUUCCAUUAUUCUAACUACCUUCAUUCCAUCCUUAUUCUUGGAGGACUUCUCUAUCUUGGAAACACACCUGACAUGGUUGUGCAUUUGUUCUAUAUGUGUAACCAUUGUCAAUAUAGUAUUGUAUUUAAUAGUAAAACCAAAUCCUUCUUCUAAGAGAAGCUCAGUUUCACAUAAGAUAUCCAGACUUCUGAAAUCUUGUGUCUACUUUUUUAUAUCUUGCCUACUCUAUCAUGCAAUAAUAGUUCUAUAUGGAGCACCACUAAUAGAGUUGAUGCUGGAAACAUUUUUAUUUGCUGUUAUUUUGUCAACUUUUACCACUUUACCUUGUUUGUGUUUAUUAGGACCAAAUAUCAAAGCGUGGCUACGAGUUUUCACUAAAAAUGGGUCCAACCCUGUGUUUGAGUUGUCAUUGGUACUGCUUUGGAUUACAUACUCAUUUGGAUUGGCCAACUACUAUUUCCUUGCGUCCAUUGAGAUAAGUGCAUCAUUAUACAUAGAAGGAAAUUAGCUAUAUGCAUACAUCUGAAAAUAGGGCUGCCUCAAACUGGGGCAAAUCUUUAUAGCUGUUCUCUGAUGUGUUUUACACAUGAGGAAAGUGAGGCUUAGUGAGGUUAAGCUCCUUCCUCAUGGUCAUGGCUAGUAUCAGCUGGGUGGAAUUCAAACAACAAGCUUUUAUUAAUCAUCUGAUACUAUGUGCCAAGCCGUAAGGAGGAUAUAAGUACAAAGAAUGAAACAGUCCCUGCUCUCAAAUAGCUUAUGUUGUAAUGGGGAAUGCAACAAGUACAUUUAAGAAUAGACACAAUAAAUAGAAAUAAAUACCAGGUACUUAGGGAGGGAAGUCACUGGCAGUUGGGAGGGAUUGGAUCAGGAAAGGCUUCCUGGAGGAGAUAUUGCUCGAGCUACAUCUUGAAAGAAGAAAGGAAUUAUCUGAGGUAGAAAGGAAUACAUUCCAGGCAUGAUGGAUAGACAGCCAGGGCAAGGAUAUGGGAAUUGGGUGCUGUGGAUAAAGGAACAGAGAAGGCCAGUGUGGCUAGAUCAGAGUAGGGGUGGGGAGGGUAACAUAUAAUGACACUGGAAAGAUAGGUUGGGGCCAAUCUGUGAAAGGCUUUAAAAGCUAAACAGUAGCUUAUGGUUUUUUUUAGAGGCAGUAGGUUGCCAUUGGAUUUGACUGAGUAAGAAAGAGACAGAUCUGUGUUUAAGGAAAAUCACUUUGUUGGCAGUGUGUAGGAUGGACUGGGGUAGGAAAAGACUUUGAGGCAGAGAAGCCAAUUAAGAAUCUCUUCUAGAUGAGAAGUGACAUAGGAUAGAACUGAGGUGAUAACUAAGUAUAGAGAAGGGGUUAGUACAUGGGAGAAAUGUAGAGGUAGAACAAGAUUUGACAAACAGUCAAGGAUGACUCUGAAGUUAUAAAUCUGAGAGACUAGGAGGUGGUGGUGAUUUGGAAAGAAAUAGGGACAUUUAGAAUAAGGUUAGGGUUGGGGGAAAAGUUGGUUUCUGUUUGGGGCAUGUUGAAUUUGAGAAAUUUCUGGAAUAUCCAGUUUGAAAUGGGCAAUCAGUGCUUCAGGACUGAAGUUUAUUGGAGAGACAGGGACUAGCUUAUAAUUACACACAUGGGAAUUGUUGUGGUCACUGAGAGUGUAGAGAAUAUAGGCCUCGGGAGAGACCUUUAGAGAAUACCCAUAGUUGGGAUAUGGGUGAUGAGCUCAAUUAAAAAACAAAAAACAAAAAACAUGGAGUAUUGGUCAUAAUGGGUAGAAGAAAAAGGAGAAAAUCAUAUUAUCAAAUCCCAGAGAGGAGAGAGAGUAUCUAGAAGGACAGAGUGAUCAAUACUGAUAAAUGCAGCAGAGAGGUCUAGAAGAAUGAGGACACAGACUAUCAGAUCUGACAAUUGAAAUGAUUGUAACUUUUGUUUUGUUUUUGUUUUGUAUUUUUGUUUUUGUGGGGCAAUGAGGGUUAAGUGACUUGCCCAGGGUCACACAGCUAGUAAGUGUCACGUGGCUGAGGUUGGAUUUGAACUCAGGUCCUUCUGAAUCCAGAGCUGGUGCUUUAGGUGAUUCAUUCACUGUGUCAUCUAGUUGCCCCCGAGAUUAUUGUAACUUUGAAGAGAGCAGUUUCAAUUGAGUGAUGAGUUUGGAAGCCAUAUUGCAGAGGAUUAAGGACUGAGUAAGAGGAAAUAUAGGCAAUGAGUGUAGACAUCUUUUUUAGGUGUUUGGCUGAGGAAAGAAUGAGAUAGAUAUAUAGGACCAUAGCUGGAGGAGUUUUUUAAGACUCCACCAGUUCUUUCUCUGAAGGUGUCCUGUGGAGAUAAAUAGCAUUUUUCAUCAUAAAUCCUUCAGAAUUCUUUUGGAUCAUUGUAUUGCUCAGAAUA